CGCGCUCGACCCGAGCUCGCCGCAACCCACAACCCGCAACCCCCACGAUCUCUCGUGCCGCCACUUCGAUCUCUCCCCAACGAUCGAAAGGCGAGGGAGGCCGAUCCAGCCAAUCCAACCGAUCCAGCCGCGAGGGAGAAGCUCUCCAGUUCUUACUCGGCUCGCGUUGUCGCCUGUUUCCGUCUCUUCCUGAUCUCGCCGCUCGCCGUCAGUGAGAGAUGUUCUCCAAGUCGAUUUCAACCUCGAUCCUCCUGGUUAUCAUCAUUGUCGUCGUCGUUGGUGCAACGUUUCACGUUGCGAAAGCAGCAAUCGGCAACGAUCACCGUCAGCAACAGAUAACGAAUGAAGCAGUUGCCAAUAUCUUGAGUUAUGAAUCGGGAGGAAAGGCUUCAUUCGAGGUACCGCGUGAACAUUAUCGGCCGAUUACAGACUGUAUGUUUGUUACCUCAGAAAGUGGACCAUUCUCUUAUAUAUCGCCGACCGAUGAUGACAACGUUUGUGGAAUAUACUUUUUGACCGAUCCAGAUCGCGUAGUAGAAAUACAUUUCCAUAGCUUCGACGUUCCUUGCGAUCACCGUGGACUUUUAGCAGUAAUCGAUGGCUGGGAAUUGAACGGCGAAAUAUUUCCGAGCGAGAGCGACCACUCAUUAUCGAUGAAGGAGAGAACGAGCGAAUUCUGCGGUAAGAACAGAUGGUACAGGAGGACUUUUACAAGUUCGCAAAAUGCUGCACUCCUCCAAUAUAGAAUACCUCUACGUGGAAAGGGCUUUGUCGUAUCCGCAAGAUAUCCAAAAAAUCCAAGACCCUGCAAUGUCUUGUCGGUCAGCACGACUGAUCCAUUCACGCUUCGCAAUUAUGGCAGACGGAUUAAUUGCACCCUCGUGGCAGUGUAUCCUGGUGCCGUACGAAUAAUUGCCCUCGGAAUCGGCGGUAGCAGCUCGCAUGGUGUCGUUCACACAAGCGAAACCGGCACUUUACGCAAAUGCGAUGUGAGGAGUCCGCGGGAUCGAGUGCAGAUUGGAGGCAGCCACGGUUUCGAUACGACGAAACUCGACGUAAUUGACUCCUUCUGCGGCAUUGAUUCCAAACCCGAUAUAAAGGAGCUCGUAGCGUACGACAUAACAGCGGUACGACUAUUAUCGAGCGGUUACUACGAUAACUCGGUGACGGUGGCAAUAAGUCCAAUUGUAGACGGCAGUCUAUUGGAUUCCGCUUCCGGUCUUUAAAGCGACUGCUUUCGAACAAUCUCGUCAUCGUACGUCCGCCGCACUCGCUACUCGCUACGCGUCUGUUCUCGACGCUUAAUAUCUUCGUUGCGGACGCAACGCCAACAUUGGUUGUGUAAAACAUAGCGUAUCCCUCCGAUAGUUUGCAGAUUAUUUAUGUAUUUGUGUUACACAUGCUAGAAGACAGCGUAGAAUAUCACAUAUAUAUGUGAACGAGAGCUGAAGAUGAAUUCUGUCAAAGACUGAUUAUUCCAAUUAUUCUCUUCUCGUGUUCUUCUACUAUAAUCUACUUCAUCAACGUCAUUAUUCAUAUAUUUCGUGAUAUUUCUCAUUAUAAUUUUUCAUAAAAGAUAUUUAUCUUACUGCUAUGUCUAAUUAUCAUUAAGCAUUUAACAUUUACUAAAGUGUUAAACAAACCCACAUAUAAAACUUUUAUUAAUGCAGAUAUAAAUCUAUAUAUAUUCAACAUUUCAUUUUAUAUUAAAUCAUAACAUCUUUGAAAUGCAGCAUUUUACUUACUUUAUAAUUAUAACUUCUACAUUAAUUAAUAUUAAUAAAAAUGUAAUUGUUUUAUUUCAUGACUAAAAGUGAACGUGUUUUAAAUGAAACAAAUAUGAUGUGAAACGACAGACAUGACAUUGCAGCUUAAUAUGUAUAUUUGUAUUUAUUUAAGUUAAUAAAUAGUCGAAAGUAGAUAUAUUUAUCGCUUAAUAAAUGUUCUCAACCGUUAAGAACGAUGAUAUUAUAUGUACGACACAGCGGCUUAAAAAAAAUAUAUAAUAAAUUUGUGUUAAUUGCAUUAA